CCCGCAUCAGCCUGGCGGAGGGGCACGGGCAGGACCCGACGUCAGCCCGGACGGGGAUACGGGGGAGCCGCAUCAGCCCCGCCGGCGGGGGACGGGGGGACUCGGUGUCAGCACGGACAGUGACAAGGGGGGAUCCGCAUCAACUUUGCUGGAGGAGGACGAGGGGAGCCGUGUGAGCCCCGCGGCAGGGAUGGGAAGGACCCCGCAGCAGCCCCACUGGGGACACGGGGGGACCCGCAGCAGCCCCGCUGGAACGGGACAAGGGGGGACCCGCACCACCUCCGCGGAGGGGAACAAGGGGGGAACCCGCACCAGCCCCGCCGGGGCCGCUCUGCCUCCUCCAGCUCCCCCUUCCUUAGGAAUAAAAUUCUUGUUUAUUUUGCUUUGCUUUCCGACGCCGGCUUAGACGCACUCUUAAGCUUUUCCCCGCACUAAACCCCUUAAUCUCCUCUUCAAUAUGUUGCUCCCACCAGGGCUGGAUUUAUUGUAGGUUUUUUCCCUCUUUUCCCUCUCCCCACGGCGUGGGGGGCAGUUUGGGAGGCUCCUGCAGGGACGGGCAAGGGAUCAGGUGCAAUUUUGGCUGCCCCUUUUCCAGGGCAGGGGCGAGUUGUGCCAGCACCUGCCUGCUUUUAUCCGUUACCAAAGGCAAUUCCUACUUUUCACCCCUCUGCUUUGCCGAGCCGGCGGUGGGGAGGAGGAGGAUGGAGGGAGGAAGGCUCCAGCGGGACAAUCCAGCGGGGCCUGGUGAUGGUGACGCAGCGGUGGCCGGACUCAGCUCUGUUCCAGCGUGCUGGGCUGGGAUUUUCAUCCUCCUUUAAAUCAUUUUUCCAUCAUGCCCUGCGUUCCCCGAGCCCUUCGCCCUGCCAGGACUCCCUCGUGCCCCUCCAUAGGUGUGUUUUGGGGGUGCACGUCCUUAGGCUCAUUUUGGGGUGUGGGUACCAGGACGUUCAUCCCGAGCUCCUCAAAUCCCGCUUCCUCCCUGCGCCGCGGGUGCUGCGGCUCUGCCCCCGCCGCACUCUUGUGUAACGGUGGGGCCGGGGUGGGUGAGGAGGGCGAGGCGAGCCCCCCACAUCCCCUUCCUGCCCCUCGACAUCCUGGCUUUUCACCUUUAUUAGGAUGGAGGGAAGCAUUGACGCCUGCCUAAUUGCGAUCACGCCUGACUUACGUAGCACUUGCACAGCCAGCACCGGCUUAAUUAGCAACUGGGCGAACUUUUCCUUUUUUAAAAAUAUUUUUCCUUUCCCUCCAUGAAUUGCUGGUGUUGACCCUAAUUUAGAGGCGAACCCUCCUGAUAUCCCAGCGCUCCCCCCAGUCGGGCGUUUUUCCCGCAGUCCCGCGUCCUCAUCCCUCUCGAAGCCCAAAUGCCGCAUGGCGACGCCAAAUUGAUUCAAUCUCCAUUUUCCUUCCCAAAACCGCCACCGCUCUGCCCCGUUUCCCCGGGGGCCACAGCAGCUCCUCGCUCCUGUCCUUCCCUGCGCCGCGGCUGCGCCGGGGCCGGGGAAGAGGCUUUGCCUUGUAUAAUCCUAUACGAUUUCCAGCCCUCCUGCUCACUUGUUUUGCAAGCAGCGUGGCGAGGAGCGUGCGGUGGCUCGGCAGCCUUUGCGACUUGUCCUAGUGACCUAGAUCUGUCAUUGGAAAAAUCAGAGAGGGCGGAGGAGGAGCUUCCCUGCCCGUUUCGGCGGCGUGCACACGCUGGCGCGGCCGAGGGCGGCCGGCACCCACCGGCCCUCCCGCACGACGGCCGCGCCUGCCCCGGGCACCGGAGCGCGGGGAUGGCCGUGCCCGCCGCUUCCCAAAAAACCGGCCUGGAGGGGAAAGCCGUCCGCUGGCUUUACGGAGGUCCUGAGGGGUCCAGACGGGAUUUGGGAUCCCCCACCCCGAUAACCCCGGGAAGAGCCAGCACCGGGAGAGGGGAGAGCAGUGGUGGGGGCCGGUGGUCCCUGUCCCCAGCCCAACGUCCGUGUCCCUGCUCCUCGUCACGUUUAACUUUGAACUCGCGGCGCUAUUUAAAGAGCUGCUAAUGUCUAAAUCAGCCCGGUUUAUCGGAUGUGGUGAGCAGAGCUGCUCUCCUGCCUUUUUUUAGCCCCAGGGAGAUAAUUCCCCCAGGUUUAGCAGCAGCGCCGGAGGGGUUCUCCUACCGCAGCCCGGUUUGUCCCCACCCCGGGCUGGCAGGUCCCCCUCCCCGCUGCCUCACCUUUGCCACCCUUCUGCACCAGGCAAAGUGCAAAGGGCUGCGUCCUGCGCCGGCGGGGCCGGCCUUGGCACGGCGCUGCGUGGCACGGGAGCUGCUGAACCGGAGCUGCUGAACCGGAGCGGCCCGGGCAGGAGCCCGGCGGCCCCGGGGGAGCCGCAUGGCCCAUCCGGAGCUGCGAUUUCCCUGUUGGGGGCACACACUGCGCCACGGGACGGGGAAAAACAGCGCUUUACUGGGGAGAAUGCAAAACCUCCGUUCGCGUGCCUGCAAGGGAAGGUGGCCAGGGGUUGCCCCAGGGCAGGCCCAAAUCGAGGUGAUCCCGUGCAAGAUCUGCGGAGACAAAUCCUCAGGGAUCCACUACGGUGUCAUCACCUGCGAAGGCUGCAAGGGUUUCUUUCGGAGGAGCCAGCAGAACAAUGCCAGCUACUCCUGCUCGCGGCAGAGGAACUGCCUGAUCGACCGCACCAACCGCAACCGCUGCCAGCACUGCCGCCUGCAGAAAUGCCUGGCGCUGGGCAUGUCCCGCGACGCGGUGAAGUUCGGCCGCAUGUCCAAGAAGCAGCGGGACAGCCUCUACGCCGAGGUGCAGAAGCACCAGCAGAGCCAGGAGCAGAGCAGCACCAAGGAUGAGCCCGAGCCCCUGAGCCGCGUCUACACCACGAGCGUCAGCAGCGGCCUCUCGGACCUGGACGACAUCUCCACGCUGUCCGACGGGCUCCUCUUCGACUUCCCCCUGACCCCCGAUGGCAGCAGCACCUACUACAACCUGGACCUGCUGGCCUCGGCGCAGCCCUCGCCCGACCAGUCCAGCCUGGACGUGGCUGAUGCCACGCUCAUCAAGCAGGAGUCCAUCUACGAGCUGAUGCUGGAGCCGGCGCUGUUGGCACACGGGGCGCUGGAGGGUGCCCAGCUGCCCCCUGACAUCUCUGUCCUGGAGAUUGACCGGGUGGCCCAGAACGUGGUGAAGUCGCACCUGGAGACGUGCCAGUACACAACGGAGGAGCUCAAGCGCCUGGCAUGGAGCCUCUACUCCCCCGAGGAGGUCCGUGCCCUGCAGAGCAAGAGCUGCGAGGCCAUGUGGCAGCAGUGCUCGCUGCAGAUCUCCAACGCCAUCCAGUACGUGGUGGAGUUCGCCAAGCGCAUCGACGGCUUCAUGGAGCUCUGCCAGAACGACCAGAUCAUCCUCCUGAAAGCCGGUUGCCUCGAGGUGCUCCUGAUCCGCAUGAUCCGCGCCUUCAACCCCUUGAACAACACCGUCCUCUUCGAGGGCAAGUUCGGUGGGAUGCAGAUGUUCAAAUCUCUCGGCUGUGACGACCUCAUCGGUGCCGUCUUCGAGCUGGGGAGGACCCUGUGCCGCCUGCAGCUGUCGGACGAGGAGCUCGCCCUCUUCACUGCUGCUGUCCUGCUCUCCCCAGACCGCCCGUGGCUGACUGAGUCCAAGAAGGUGCAAAAGCUCCAGGACAAGAUCUACGUGGCCCUGCAGCACGAGAUCCAGAAGAAACACUCCGCCGAGGACAAGCUCUCGAAGAUGGUUUCCAAGCUGCCCUUGAUGAAGACCAUUUGCAACCUGCACUUGGACAAGCUGGAAUUUUUCCGUCUCCUGCACCCGGAGACUGCCAUGAACUUCCCCCCCCUCUAUAAGGAGGUUUUCAACUCGGAGCUUCAGUACAGCGACCCCCGGGAGAGCUAAGGCCAGGAGCCAGCGGCCCCCUUCGAGUUCCCCAGAAUUUGGAGACAAACUGCACUUCAGAGGUUUGGGGCAAUUUAUUUAAAUCAAAUAAUCAAAGGCAAGAGAACCCCGGGGGGGCUGCGGCGCCUCCCUGGCCCCGUCUCCUCGCUGUGGAUUGCAAUAGCUCUUGAAUGUAAAGCACCUUGAAGGAAAAAGCAAAUGGACUUUGCCAUACCAGUGAAAUGAAUGUGAAAUCUCUGCUUGGGAGAGGAGAUGCUCCUGGCAGUGGUGAGGGACCAGCUGCUCCUGUGACUCGGGAGGAGGGAGUGCCCUUCCCGCUGUCCCGGCUGCACUCUCCACCUCCCAUUUUUAUUUCUUUGUUUUUUAAUUAUUAUUUUUAUUUUAUUGUGGUUUUUUAACCCGAACAUCAGGCAUGGGAUAAAGAAGGGGUGAUGCUGACUCGGCUGGCUUGGGUUGGGGCUGCAGCUGAGGAGAGGGAAAGGACAGAGCCUUUGCUUUGUUUCAUCUCCCACGGGUGCAGUGGGGCCCCGGGAGCUUGGCCAAGAAAGGUCUGGCUGUGGCUGGUGGGGAAUUCAGCACAGGAUUUUCCUGUGGGGGAAGCUGGUUUGAGGGAAAAGAUGCCCAGUGCAGCGGGGGGGAGAGUUUUGUAGGGUCUCUGUGCCCUCCAUCACAGCAUUUUCCUAAUUUCUCAGCCAGCUCCUUGUCCAGCUGGGCGACCACCUGAUUUUGUGGAGCUGAUUCAGCAGGUUCACCUGCCUCGUGCCACCUUUGUACAUCCCAGAGGCUUUUCCAGGCACGUGGGACUUCAGCCAGAGCCCAAACCCUGGCCAUCCCACCCCCUGGAGGGGCUCCAGGGCUGUCCCUGUCCCCGUGGUGGCUGCAGCAGCGGUGGCUCUCUGGGUGCUGCUGUUGUGUGCAGUUCUCUUAUCAAUCCCAUUAAAACUGCCCCAUGGUUCAGCACCCACAGCAGGGUUUGUGACCCUUUCCCCACCCGGCCCACAGCUGGCCCCAUUCCCAGGUUCCCCUUUCCCCCAUCACACACAGGAGCCCAGACGUGGCUCCAGGCUGAGUUGGACCCAGGCUUUCCCCUCAAUGAACUCCCUAGAACUGUUAUUUUGGGAGUUGCUCUUGAGUUAGCAGGAUUUAGGAGCUUUCUAGGGGGAGAAACUGCCUGUUGGAGCCAAGGGAAGUGAAAGGUCCUUAUUCUUCCCUUCGAGGAAUAAGGCUGGUUGGAAGGAAUGUGGUGUUAGGGACCCGCUGCUCCUUUUGGGAGGCUCAAAAGGGGAUGAAGGAAGGAUUGGUGGGAUGAUGCUGUUCUAGAACACGGCAACAGGGGAUGCUUGAGAGACUCUGUGGCUCUGCAGAUGGAUUUUUCCGUCCCUGCUCCUGCUCCCACUGCAGCAAAUGCCAAAAAACUACAAGGGAAAAAUCUGCUCCGAGGCAGCCCCAGUUUCUGCUGACAAAGGGCUAAAAUCCCAAGCUCCUUUCCUGCUUUGUGCUGAUUCCUCGUGCACCCAACCCCGUCCUCGGGCAGCUUGGAUCAUCCCCGAGCGGGAGCCAAAACCUUUGGAUCCAUAACUGCACCCUUCAAGCUAAACAAGAAGCUUUCUUAGCAACGUGAGGGCUAUUCCUGCUUUUGUCAAAAGACCUCCUAGGGAAGACCAUGGACCGACCUUGACGAGGGAAGACUCCCCAGGAAGCUGAUGGGAUAUCUGCUCUGCUCCAAGGCAGAGGGGAUUUGGGACCGCGUUCCUCCCCGGCGGCUGCCGCGGGCGGCCCUGAGCUCCCGGGCUUUGCUGACCACAUCCCAACAGCAAGCUGCCGUGGCUUUGCUGACCACACCCCAACUGCUUCUGGGAGCAGAUUGGAGCCUGCCAGCCUCGGCUCCCUCUCCCUCGGAGCCAGGUCUCUGGGAAAAGGCUGCCGGCCCUCCCACGGCCCCACGCGACGUCCAGUGCCAAUGCGCAGUGCCAGCGCAGCGUCCACGGCGUGGGGAUGUGCCCGGCUCCUCUCCUGCCCUCUCCAAAGCUUGGACAGAAGAGAGAAGUCAGUACUGCCUUUUAUGUCCAGAGGGUUGUGCCUUUUUUUUUUUUUCUGGAAGCAUCAUUUCCGACAGCACCGUUCACUUCCCAGGAAAAGCAGCCCCGGAACGCGACUGCGCUCGGAGGGAGCAGCCCGUGGGUGUUUGGGAACGUUUGGGGAAAAACAGAAAUAAAAAAAAAAAAAAAAGCACACACCCUUCUUUUUGCCCUCAGUAUUCGUCAGCCAACCCAACACACGCCAAUGGUCAAUGCCACCGACUUCAUUUCAUCCGGCAAAGAACCCAGGAAAGCACCUUACUUUGGGAACAGGCCAUCACAGCCCGUGGGGAGAGAUUCUGGAUUAUUCUGAGCAAUAAGAGCCCCCCCACAUGGGAACCUAGGGAAGACUGGAAGUAUUAAACAUGUGUAACUCAACCUGCCAAACUGCAGGAACCUGCACUUUUCAGUUCUCUUUAGAGGAACCGACUUGAUUCGAUGAUUUUUUGGGAGGGGAUAAAGUGAUUCGGUGUCGAUUCGGUGAUUCCUGGCCUGAGAUGGGCACCACGCGUGGAAAGGGACGCCAAGGGGUGGAAAGGGAUGGCAGCCCCUGCCUGGGGCUCGCCAGGGCUGUGCCAAGGUGCCUCACCCCUGCUGGGCCACCCAGAGCUUGGAGCUCGCAGGGAAAGGGCGAACGACAAAGCCUGGGCAGAAAUGCCCAAAAAAGGGAGACUUCCCUCUCCCCUGGGGCCGGUGGGGAGGGGGCCCGGGAGCCCCGAGCUCCCCGUGGCUCCGGUGCUCCAGAGCUGUUCCCACCCCGACACGGGAUGCUCCUUUCCAACAGCCCUGGGCAGCCUGGGCCGCCCGCGCUGGCUCCUUUCCAGACCAAGAUUAAUUUAGUGUUCGUUUGUCUGCUCUGGCAGUUUAGCUGAGUGUCCAUUUCCACCCACAGAACCCUCACACUGUGUAUAAAGACGGAUCAAAAAUAUAUAUAAUAUAUAUUCUUGUGAAUGUUGGUGCAAAAGAGAAAAAUAUAUAAAGUUUCAGUCGGCUUUAUGUUAUUUUUUAUCUCUAUGAAUGAAAGGAAGAAAUGGAAAACCUUUUAUUUCCAUUUACCACCCCUCCACACACACCUACCUGUAGAUACCAACAGGUUUUAUGGAAAUGUUUUACUUUUUAGAUUUAGGAAAAUGCUUCUGUUCUCAUUGAAUGUUCUGUCUUGUAAGAUUGUAAUUUCUAUUUUUUUAAAGAAAAGAAAAUAACUAAAUAAAAUUUCCUCUUUCAGACCAGUCAGCUUAGGAAGGGAGGGCAGGGGAGGGAGAAACGUUUAUUUAAGGACAAAAACUGUUGUUGGAAUUUUUCAUAACAUUAAAUAAAAAGUAAUAUAAUGUAUGGAUGACAACCUUUUUACUGAGGUGUGUUCUGUAGGUACAUAGAUGUAUAUUGCACAAAAUCUACAGGAAGAAAAAUAAAGUCUGUUUCACAAGGUUAAAAAAAAUA